AUGACUCCAUACGCACACCUAUGGACCGCGCGCUUAAAUGUAUGCAAAGGGGGAACCACUGCGCUACUGCUGAAGGCUCCUGAUCUACGGCUGAAGCGAUGCUUGCAUGUAAGCCCCCUAUGUAGAGAUAGGAAGAGCUCACUGUGUCUUACGCCAACUGGGAAAAAUCCACUCCUGCGCAAAUCGGGGACAAACGACGCGACCCUUGAUAGUACGGUGACCCCCCAAGGGAACGAACAGGCCAACUUUAUGCAAUAUGUUUUCAAGUGGGGAAUAGGCAACAAGUUUCGCUCGGAUCCAGAAAACAGGUUCGGUCCCUUCAUAAAGGGUGGAAAAAGAGCGCAAAGAAAGGAUGGAAAAAAAAAAAAACAACAGUUGCACACAUCCCUGCUGGACAGACGCCUUAUUAACAAAUGGCAGGGUGCAGACCUUCCAUCAGUGCACAACUCCACCGCCAAUCACCCCGUAUGCUCCUCCCAAUUUAGGUUCCACCCCGUGCACCUUAGUCGUGCCAAAGAAGUUACCAUCAGGAAGGACUACUUCGAUUCAGGAAAUGAAAAUAUAAAAUACGAAGAACUGAAUGAACAGUGGGAAGUUUUCUGGUUUGAAAAUAACAAGCUGAAUGCGAAGCCCUUCCCCAUUAAGAAGUAUGGCAUAGAAUCAGCCAAAAGGGAGGCCAUCAAAUUUUUCGAAUCGUUAAAGCAAAACAAGCGCAUUAAUGACAGGCCCCAUUACGAGUCCGGCGUGGAAGGGGUCCACUACGAUGUCGUAACCAAUUGCUGGGUGGCAUUCUACCGGCAGAGGAACUUCCCCGUGUGCAGGUCCUUUUCAGCCGAGUACCACGGGUUCGAAACGGCCAAGAAGUUAGCCAUAGAAAGGGUUAAGCAGUGCAAGGAGUGA